AUGUUCCGCGAAUAUCUGCUCAAAGUUGCCAAGACAACCCUCAGCUCGAAAAUUGUGCACGUCGCACACGAUCACUUCGCAGAGAUUUGCGUGGACGCGGUCCUCAGGUUGAAGGGUUCAGGAAACCUAGAAAACAUUCAAAUCCUCAAGAAGGCUGGAGGAUCUAUGCGGGAUUCGUUUCUUGCACCAGGCUUUAUUCUAGACAAGAAGAUUGGGGUUGGACAGCCGAAGCGUGUUGAGAAUGCCAAGAUUUUGAUUGCGAACACUCCUAUGGACACUGACAAGAUCAAGAUUUAUGGAGCCAAGGUGAAGGUUGAUUCUCUCAGCAAGGUUGCAGAGAUUGAGCAAGCGGAAGCAGCAAAGAUGGUGGCAAAAUGCGACAAAAUCAUGGCGUGUGGUUGCAACGUCUUUAUCAAUCGCCACAUCAGCCCCGAAAGCUUUCCAUACUUUGCGGACAGGGGCGUCAUGGCAAUCGAACACGGCGAUUCCGAUGGAAUCCAACGACUUUUUCUAGUACCUGCCGCCCCUCCCCCUCCUCCUCCUCCAUCCCUUCCUCCCUCCUUCUCCAUCCCCUUCGGCUCUUCUCCCUCCACCUCCCGCACUCUCACCAGGUCGAAGAGCUUGAAGACGUCUGCCUCGUGCAAGAGAGCGUCGUUGUCAACAUACAGCCUGUGA